GUGGCUUCCUGUGGGGUCCAGCUCUCCUGGCUGCUUGGGGCUCCCUAUCAGGUUCCUUACAGGUGCACGGCUCCACCCUGCCUCCCGGACAGCCCGGUUUCGCCUCCGGGACUUGAUGGGUAGCAGCCUGGGAGGUUAAAAAUAGUUCUACGCGGAAGCCGUCGGGGGCGGGGCCCAGAGGGGGCGGGGCGAGCAGCGGAGUGGAGAAAAUUGCGAGCCGUGGUCGGCCAGAGGUGGGCAUCCGCCAAAGCCACCGGGGGGGGGGGUUAUUUUUCUGAAGUAGGCAGUCUUUGUGAUGUAGCCUCCUCUGGAGCGGAGAGUACGGAUCCCUGAGCCGAGCGGCUUCUCACUCCCCGCGCUCCGCGAGCCUCCAGCUCCAAGCCGACGCAUCCCGGACUCCACCCCCGGCCCUCCUCCCUCCUCCCCGCCCAGUACAGUGUCCCGCUCCGGCUUCCCGCUUCCCUACCCCAGAAGUCAGGUUAGGAGGUUGAAGCCAGACUUCGGAGCGCCAGCCUGAAGUUGUGCCGCGGGAGCAGUUUACGCUUUUCCAACCUCUCCGCCUCGGGCCCUGGGUCCAGGCUGACGCAGCUGGCCCGGCGAGCGGCACAUGCAUGCCUCGGGCUCGGGCUUCUCUUGCCUCUGCUGCUGCCCCCAGGCUGGGCAGCUCGCCCGCCGCGCCGCGUCUCCGGCCGCAUUAGCUGUCACUCCUCCCGCUGCUGGAACAUUGCCCGCCCCGCCGGUGACUUCUCUGGGUUUGGCUACCCCAAGCGGCAGCUCGGAGGGAGCACGCGAUCGGUGCGGACACGGGGAGGGCGUCCCUGGCUCUGCCGUGUGGGGGGUGUACCGAACCUCGGACGAGAACGGCGUGGGGGUGCCCUGAGCUUCGGGAGAGAACCUGAGGAGGACUCAGCUGUUUGCCGGGAAGAUUCGGGAGCUCUCCGACUUGGAGGAUGCCCUCGAGUCAGGAUGGGCACCCGAGCCGACUUCUGCCGAGGCCUUGCAAGGUGCUGGUGCUGCUGAACCCCCGGGGAGGAACUGGCAAGGCCCUGCACCUCUUCCGGAACAGAGUGCAGCCCAUGCUUCAGGAAGCAGGUGUUUUCUUCACGUUGCGGCUGACUGAGCGGAGGAACCAUGCGAGGGAGCUGGUGCGGGAAGAGGACCUUUCCUCAUGGGACGCCCUGGUGGUGAUGUCUGGAGAUGGGCUGAUGCAUGAGGUGGUAAAUGGCUUGAUGGAACGACCUGAUUGGGAAACAGCGAUUCAGAAGCCUCUCUGCAGCCUUCCAGCAGGCUCUGGCAAUGCUUUGGCUGCAUCCGUAAACCAUUAUGCAGGCAACGAACAGGUGACCAACGAGGACCUAUUGACCAACUGUACUCUGCUACUGUGCCGGCGGAGGCUUUCUCCCAUGAACCUGCUUUCCCUACACACCGCCUCAGGCAGCCGCCUCUUCUCUGUGCUCAGCCUUGGCUGGGGCUUUGUUGCCGACGUGGAUGUGGAGAGUGAAAAGUACAGAUUCCUAGGGAAAAUUCGCUUUACCCUGGGCACGUUCCUCCGCCUGGUUGCCCUGCGCACCUAUCAGGGAACAUUAUCCUAUCUCCCAGUUGGAGCACCUUCUUCCAAGAGCUCAGCUGGAUCUCCCCUGGGACAUGACCAACCAGGCCCUGUGGAUUCACUCUUAGUACCUCUGGAACAGCCGGUGCCAGAAAACUGGACGGUGGUGCCUGACCACGAAUUUGUGUUGGUCCUGGCUCUCUUGCAUUCCCACUUGGGGAGUGAGAUGUAUGCUGCACCAAUGGCUCAGGGAACUGGAGGGGUUAUACAUCUUUUCUACCUGCGGGCUGGAGUGCCCCGGUCUACACUGCUCCGCCUUUUCAUGGCCAUGGAAAAGGGGACACAUAUGGAGCUGGACUGCCCUAACCUGGUGUAUGCACCUGUGGUAGCCUUCCGCCUAGAACCUCAUGAUGCCAGGGGCAUGCUUACGGUGGAUGGGGAGCAGCUGGCCAGUGAGGCUAUCCAAGGCCAGGUGCACCCUGGAGGCUUUCAGUUGGUUAGUGGCUGUCCAGAACCAAAGACUGGUCCUGAGCCAAAUCCUUUACCGUGUUCAGAAGACUCUGUUUCAUCAGAGUUCACUUCUUAAAUAGUGCCCUGAAUAGGGCCUGUGGACUCCACUGGAUUUGCAAUGCUGGGUCUUAGUUUGCUAAGGGGGAGUGCCUUACCCCUAAGCAAAAAGGGAAUUCCUCCACAGGUUAGGUAGUUCCAGGACCCCAAAAUUAGGCAAAUCAGCUCUGUUAGACGUCCAACAUUUCCCCACUUCAGGACCAGAGUCAGUUGAACUCUGUUGGCCAGGGGUAGUAUACCAAAUGAACACUCUAAAUAAAGUGACUUUUCCAGGUUACCUAGUCCCAUCUCUGGGGGAUAAGGAAAAAGUGGGACCUUGCCCCUAGGAGAAAUGAUCACAAAUGGUGCUUUACAAUAUCAAAGUGCUUAAAAUCCAAGCUCAUUUGAGCUAUUCUGUUUGCAGAUGAGGAAAAAAAAAACCCUUGAGUUUGCUAUUUGCCCAAGGUCAAUGAUAAAACUUGAAAUGUGAACUUUAAGUUCAGCGCUCUAGAACACAGGUGUCAAACUUUGACCCGCAAAACUCGAGCCCAGCCUAAACCACAAAAUGUAAUU